AUGAUGUCGGGUAAGAGUCCAAUCAAUAGUAUGAGAGAGCUACUGGAUAUGAAACUGAAUUAAGUUCGUAAAAUAAACAGAUAGCAAGGUGAUAACAUUAAAUUGCUAAAGUCUCGACUAAAUCAUAUUCAACAUUAGGAUAUUAUUUGCUAAAAAAAUAUUUCUAGAACAAGUAAUGAAAUAUAAUCAAUUAUCUCCACAAAAUCUAGAGUAAAUGAAGACUAACUGAGGAAGUUAUUCCUAGAGGAGAUUAAAUAAAAGAAACUUGAGGAAUAUUCAUAAAGGGCCUAUAUAUCAAAAAUGGAGAGACUAAAAAGGAGUAAAAACGUUUAAAGCUGUAAUUUUUUGAGUAUAUAAAUAGAAAAAUAAUUAUAUUCUGAGGCUUAUUCUUUCUAAAAUAAGGAAUAUAAAACGAAUCUCUCUAUAGCAAAAUUAUAAACUUGGAAUGAAAUAUAUGGUACUAAUUUUAAAUCUCACAAACUAAUCCGAUAAGCUCAUCUAAAACAUCAAUAAGAUAAGAUUAUUUAAUUACAGCUGAAAUAAUAAGAAGGAUAAUAUAAUUAUAAGUAGAAGAUAAUCCAAGAGGCAUAGUAAUUUAAAGAAAGACAAUUGAGAAUCACAGAAUUGGAAGAAGCAGAAGAAUAAUAUCUUUUGAAACUAAAAGUAUCUCAGAGUAAAAAUCGAUCUAUGAGUGCUAAAAAAGAAGAGAUAAAGAGAGUUCCUGCUGAAAAAAUAUCAAUCAGCAAAAAUAAUCUCUUUAGAAUAAAUUGA